GAUAGCAAAACUCUGCCCAUUGCUCCAAGGAGGCAUUAUUUAUUCAGUAGAAGAUCUGCACGCAAUAGUUGUCAAGAAAUCGUCAGCUUAUUAGGCAAGAGCUGCGUGAUUCUGGAAGAGGGUCUUAGCUAUAAAAAUUCAGCAUCAAGGCUCACUUUUGUAAGAAAUUCAUUUCACAAGUUCAGGAUAUGUCUUCAUCCUAAGGAAGAACAAAAAAUAUAUAUAUAUCUAUAUAUAUAUUUAUAUCUCUAUAUAUAACCUGACUAAGGAAGCUAAAAUCUCACACCUUUCAUGCUGUAAUAUUUGAAUUUUCACCAUCCCAAGAUCAAGAAACAAGCUUUCCAUCAGCAAGUGAGUUGAACACUUAUUAUUGUGAUAUCCUGUAUUGUUCUUUGUGUGGUUUGGAACCUGAUUGCAUUUGUUAGACUUUCUAUGGUAUUUGGGGGAUUUCUGAAUAUCUUCACAGUUGACAGUACAACAGGUAUUACUGCCUACUAGUCAGUAAAUUCUUUUUUUUUCAAAUGCUAAAUUAUUUUUUUUUCCUGUUGCUAUUCUGAUUGUUGCUGCAUGCAGUGAAUUUUAAAUAAAACCCCUUUCACAUCCAGUGGGUGAGAUCAGUAAAAUAAAAGACAGCUUACCUUGUCCCAUUUGAAAGUCUGAUGUUGUUCUUGCAAUUAUAUUCAAUUCAGCACCAUGGAGAGAGCUAUUACAGCAAAUUGGAAAGAAAUCACUAAAUGUAUUUUGUUUUCUUUUUUUUUCUCUUCUCCUUCCUUUCUUUUUCUAUCAUUCUCUUCAUUCCAAUUACUUAUAUUCAUGCUUUUUUUUUUGCACUUUUUUUUCUUUCUUUUUUUUUUGCCUUGCCUUCAUGGGAUUUCAUUCCAUUUCAAAGGACCUAUCGCACAUCUGUUUUAUUCCAGAUCUUAUCUUUAGGGGGAUAACAUGAAGUUCCAGCUGUGGAUAUCGACAGCAAUACUUCUGGUUGUUCUGCCUUGCUAUGAGUGCAGAGCUUUUAGCAAAUCUUCAGUAUCUUCUGCUGGAGUCCCCCCACCUCUCUUACCUGAGUACCAGCCCUUUUUGCUUCGUAUGGGAGAAGAGUAUUUCUUACGCCUGGGUAAUCUCCACAAGUACUCCCCAAACUUGCUUGGAGCUUCUGCUGGUAACUUUCUAAGGGAUGUGCAACAGCUUCAGCUUCAGCCUCAGCAGUGGAACAGUCAGCAGGGACUUAGAUCUUUGGAUGAAGCAGAUAUUCCAUACAACACUCAGGAGGAACCCACAGAGAGAGGGAAACGUUCUGAGGAACCCCCAAUUUCAUUGGAUCUGACUUUCCAUCUGCUCAGGGAAGUCUUAGAAAUGGCAAGAGCUGAGCAGAUAGCCCAGCAAGCCCACAGCAAUAGGAAACUGAUGGACAUAAUCGGGAAAUAAUAUAUAUACAUAUAUACUCUUAUGCCAAAGAGUUUACUGCAUUUAGCACAAACUAUACAUUAUGAUGUACCAUAGUGCUGCCCUGAUACCAUUUGUUUAUUUUUCUAUAGCUUCAGACAUAGAGGAUACACACUUUAACCCCUUGGCUGCCUGCAGGGGAGGGGAGGGAACACAAAUGUUUUGCUCAACAAAAUGUAUCUAACCUCCCUGGCAACAAGGGGUAACAGCCUAUAUUCGUUUGUCAGCAUGCUCGGGGUGUAUUCGACUGCAGCUUUAAAAAAAAAAAGAAAAAAAUAAAUAAAAGCAACAGGCAUAAC